CAGUACCGCUCCACUGGAACAGUUGACAAUCAUGUUGCAGAAAAUCACCCUCGCGUGUCUCCUCGUAGCUUCGGUCUACGGAGCCGGACUAUGGAACCCCGACUUAAGAACGACAUUCGGGCUGAACCCCUUGGGCAUUGGUUCUAGUCAAUUCAUUCCCAAGGCAAAGAGCAUUGAUGAAGCCAUCAGCAUGAACUGGGUGAAGAGAGACCGCCCCGCAGGACCUGCAGGACUCGAGUCUCUAGAGCUGUGGUGUCCUGCUGACGAUUGCAGCUUCUGUUCCCUGUUCGAUGACACCGGUUACAUCGCUGGUGUCCAGAUCGGUGUCUCCAAGAGUAGGAUGAGUGACUGGGUCUUCGACCCGGCUGUCACAGGGUUCACUUCUUGGACCACAACCAUUAAGGGACAAACUGCAGAAUUCUACACCAUCCAGCUUUACUUCAUCUCUGCUGAAAUUCUCGCGACAAAGAAGGAGGACCGUUUGGCCAGCCGCAAUAAGGAUCUGUUGAUCCAGCACGGCUACGUAUGGAUGACCGCCUUCAACGGCGAGCUUUACGCUCUCUCCACCGACACCUCUCUCUUGGGCACUUCACAGAGUGAAUUCACCACACAAGCCUGUGUACUUUGGAUGGGUCAACAUUAUUACCACAAGAUGUCGAAGACCACGCCGUGCGCCGGAGACACCCUUUUCCCGUGGUUCGCUCUCAUGGACUCCGACCAGCUGAUCGGUUUGGGUUUCAUGACCUUCGGAAAAUACACCGUAGACAGCAACGUCCAGGACUUGUUUGAACAUCCCGACGAAUCUGCUGUCAAGAUGAUUGUCAGCGACGGCCCUCAGUGCCUGUAUGACCUGACCAGAACCCGCGGAGUCCUGACCAUGCACGUCUACUUCAUCGACACUCCCCAACUAGUCGGAUGCCCAAUCUUUGCAUACUGCCGACACCUCUUCACAACCAUGUUGCAGAAAUCCGUGCUUCUGUGCCUUCUGGCGGCUUGCGCUCAUGGACUAUGGGAGCCCAACUUAAAAGCGAGGUUCGGCCCAUCACUAUUCGGGGAUGUUUUUGUUAAGAUGGCAAGGAACAUUGAUGAAGCUAUUGAAAUGAAAUGGGUGAAGAGAGACCGCCCAGCAGGACCUGCGGGUCUUGAGUCCCUUGAGCUCUGGUGUCCAGCUGACGACUGCAGCUUCUGUACCUUACUCGAUGACACCGGUUACCCCGCUGGUGUCCAAGUUGGUGUGGCCAAGAGCAGGGUUAAGGAAAUGAAAUACGACGCGAGUGUCACAGGGUUCACCAGUUGGACCACUACUAUUAACGGAGCUCCUGCCGAGUUCUACACCAUCGCGCUGUACUUCGUUUCUGCCGAGAUUUUGAAAAAAAGCAAGGAGAGUCGUAUUGCUGACCGCAAGGAAGGUCAAAUGCUCCAUUACGGCAACAUUUGGAUGACUGGAUAUAACGGCAAGCUGUACGCUCUGCCCUUGGACACCAGCCUUCUGGGUACCAGCCAGAGCGACUUCACCAAGCAAUCUUGCGUACCAUGGAUGGGUCAACACUACUACUACAAGAUGACUAAGGAGACCACGUGCUCUGCUGAAACUCUGUUCCCGUGGUUCCCUCUUGUCGAUUCAAACCAAAUCAUCGGUUUAGGUUUCAUGAGCUUCAUCAAAUACGAAGUAGAUGAAAAUGUCAAGGACUUAUUUGAACAUCCCGAUGAAGCCGCUGUCAAGCUGAUCGUGAGCAAUGGUCCUGAGUGUUUGUAUGAACUGGCGCGAAACUAUGGAGUUCUCACCAUGCAUGUGUACCUCAUUGAAUCCCCAAGAAAAAUAGGAUGCUCACUCUUUGGUUAAAUAUAAAUAAAUAUGAUAUUACGAUUUAUGACGUUAUUCAAUAAAUGGUCUUGUUGAUA